CUGAAAUGCAGGACAGGAACAAAGAAGAAGUUGACCUUUUUUGAUCUCGUCCACCAUUUCAUGACCUCCCACUACUUGUAUAAGAACCAAUACGACAAAGCCCUCAUUUAUGCCGAUUGCGAAUGGAUUAACAAUGUCGACCUCUCACAAGACGAUCCCACUCUAACCAUCUGUCGAUUAACCUUGACAGACACAAAGGCUUUUUGGACAGGCUCAGUGACUCGUGGCGAUUUAAGAUCCUUUGAAAAUAGCGGUGUAUCACCUAUUCUACUCAGUCGCGUUAUUCAAGCUGCUCUGCAAGGCGCGAAAGAAGCCCAGGGUCAAAAAAUGGAUUGGAAGACGAUGCCAAAAAAGAGUACUUGCGAAGUAAACAUAUUCAAUGUUUGGACCACAGAAUUGACAACAAUUAACGCAGUUAUAGGUAGCCCUUAUUGCAUUUCACGAAGACAGCUUACCGGUUUGUCUGGCGGAAUAUUGGGAGAAACGAGUUAUAACUACGGAACACAUGCUAAACAUUGAAUGCGGAUUAGAUUCGCGUAGGAUCCAUCGAGCUAAAGCGAGUCGAUGAUUCCAAAAGAGAAGACAUGUGGCGAUUAUGGUUGGAAGCGUCUGUGUCACAGAGUACUGAGCUGAGGGUGAGA